ACCCCUCUAUUUGACGGUUGGACGUCACUUGGACUUGCCUUCAUUUCCCGCCGCCCUAACUCUUUCCAACUAUUUCAAUCUCUAUAAUUUGUACGGAAUAUUCUCUUAAACCCUCAAAGCCACCGUACAAACCACCGCAAAACCCUUCCACCAUUUGCCCACCACCAAGAAAAAAACAAUAAUGGUGAAGCAACUCCGUCUCCUCCUCCGAAAGCCUCCACCUAUUUUCACCAAAACCCCCUCAAAACCGCCCAAUUCAUUUUCUCUCUCUUCACUUUCUUCACCACCAACCACCAACGAAAAACCUACGCCCACCUCCCAAAUCGACAUGGAAAGGCAAAAACUGUUAGGGAGACUCCAAGUUCUUGUUCAGAAAUCCCAAUUCGACUCAGCUAAGGAACUCAUCAAACCCCUUGUUGCAUCCAAAACCCUCUUUUCUUCUCCCUCGGACCUCUGCGCCGCGUUUUCUCUCUCCAAUCCUUCAUUAGCACCGAGUUUCUACAGCUUGGUUUUGUUUUCCUGUGCUGAUUCUAAGCUCCCAAAUGAAGCAAUGGGGUUGCUUCAGAUUAUAAAGGAACAUGGAGGUUUCCCUGCCAUGGAAGCUUUUAAUAAGCUUAUUGAUUGCUUGGUUUCUACUCAACAAUUUGAUAAGGUACUUAAUUUGUUUUACGAUGCAUUAAAUUCUGGCUUUCGGGUUCAAAAAUUCGCUUAUGGGAAGGCAAUACAGUCGGCUGUGAAGCUUGGUGAAUUGGAGAGAGGUUUAGAGUUGUUGAAUUUGAUGACGGCAAAUAAAUGUGGUGUAAGUGUGUUUGUGUAUAAUGUUUUGAUUAGUGGAUUUUGUAAAGAGAGGAGGAUUAAGGAUGCACACCAACUGUUUGAUGAAAUGUCUCACAUAAAUUUGGUUCCUACUCAGGUUACCUAUAAUACAUUGAUUGAUGGGUAUUGUAAAGAUGGGUGUUUGGAACAGGCUUUUAGUUUAAAGGAAAGGAUGAAGCUGGAUAAUGUAGUUCCUAAUCAGGUUACCUUCAAUUCGUUGCUUAAUGGGUUGUGUAAGGCGCAGAGAAUGGAGGAAGUGGGUGGGAUGUUGGAGGAGAUGAAAUCACAUGGUAUCGCCCCCGACCAGUUUACUUACAGCAUUUUGUUUGAUGGGUGUUCGAAGUAUGCUGAUGCAUAUACAAUGUUGGCUAUAAUGGAUAAGAUGGAGUCUUUUGGUCCACGACCUAUUGUUACUUUUAAUACAUUGAUAAAAAAGUUUGGUGAAUCAGGUAAGAUGGAGGAGGCGGAGAAAUGUUUGGAAAGGAUGAGAGAAAAGGGAGUUGCUCCCACUGUUGAAACAUAUAACAUUCUCAUUGAUGGUUAUGGCAAGAAUCAUAUGGUUAAUAGGAGUUUUGAGAUUCUGGAAAGUAUGGAAAAAUAUGGUUUGAAACCAAAUGUAGUAACUUUUGGCACUCUUAUAAAUAGUCUCUGCAAAGAGGGUAAGCUUCUUGAAGCCGAGGUUUGUUUGAGGGAUAUGGUGGGAAGAGGGGUUCUACCAAAUGCACAGAUAUACAACAUGAUUAUCGCUGGUCAGUUUGAUGCAGGGAAUCUGCCGGCUGCCUUGGGGUUAUUUGAUGAGAUGUUGAGAAACAAUGUAGUUCCAACAUUAGUUACUUAUAAUUCUCUUAUUAAUGGGUUAUGCAAAAAUGGGAAAUUACAGGAAGCUGAAGAUCUUCUUCCACAAAUAACUGAUAGGGGAUUGGCUCUUGAUGCAAUCACUUAUAAUUCUCUGAUUCUUUGGUACUCUCGUGAUGGUAAUGUCUCGAAAUCCAUGGAGUUGUAUGAAUCGAUGAAGGAAAAGGGCAUCAAACCUACCUUGAUCACCUAUACUUCACUAAUUGGUGUAAGCAGCAAAGAAGGCUUGUGGCUAGUAGAUCAAAUUUAUAAAGAAAUGCUGGCUUUCAAUCUGACUCCUGAUAGAGUGGUAUAUAAAACCCUCAUUUCUGCAUAUGUGGAGCAUGGUGACAUUGAUAAGGUGAUAUCUUUGCACGAUGAGAUGACGAACAAUGGAAUUGAGCUUGACAAUAUGACAUAUAGUUUGAUUUUGGGGCAUUUAAAGCUGGGAGACCAGAAGAAAGUAAUGGAUCUUGUCAGUGAUCUGUAAAUUCCUGUGCAUUACACAAACCGUUGAUUUAGGAGUUUCUCAGGAUUUAAAAACCAUAUUUUGGAUAUCAUGUACUAUGUACGAAACAAGGGCUUUGCCAAUUUGAUGAUGAAAAUUGCUUUUCUCAGUCUUCAAUCGAGUUGGGUUUCUUGAUUUUUCGAUUGGAGUGGAUGGUGAAUUGCAAGGGUCUCCAUGAUACUGACAUUUGGAACUAGAUUCCGCCAAUGUUCGAUGAAUGUGUUAUGGACGUCCAUUGAGAUUUCGAGCUUAAAGUUUUCUAUAAACAACCUUGUUGCUGAACUUCAGAAAGUGGCUUUCUGUGGUGGCAAUGGGGCUCAUGUUGGACUAUCUUUCAUUCAAGCCAGAGACCUCAGUAUGAUUGUUAGUUGCAAAUGUUGGGGUACCAAUCGGUUGCGCACGUUGUACCAUACAAUAAAGUCCCCUGAUAUUUUUAGCUCAAAGUAGUUCAAAUUCGGUGAGCGGGAAAAUUCCCGCCCAACAUAUCCCCUACAGUGAAGUGUGUCGAAUACGCUUCUACAUACGUUUGGCACUAUAUAUUUGAACUUGAUUUUGUAGAAUAGUAUGUUGCAGAAGAAAAAAAAUAAAAUCCAUCCUUCCACCCAAUUGUCAUAAUGUCAAGAUGUUCGACUGGCCACACGUCUCCUGCCGUCAAUGUUGGUGCGACCGCCGGCCACCGGAUUCUAUGGUGUGAGACCGUAAUGUGCCCAACGUGUACCAAUUGUAUUACCGAACUCCGCAUUUCACAGAGUACAUCAAAUCCGAUGAAGCUGUAUUACAAGUGCCGAUUCUGUGGAUGGUUUCAGUGGGUGGAUGACCAUAACUUAAUUAAGGAAGACGAUAUGGUUCCUUCAUCCCUAGUACAAUUAGGGUUUGAUGUAGUCAAAAAUCACCUAGCUAGAAUUGAAAAACGUCUAGAUUUAGUGUUCCGAAUUUGUGUAAUAUGCCUAUUUGUAGUAUUUGCAAAGUUGUUUUGGUAAUUUGAAUUUAAUAUCCCGAUUACUUUGUGUAAUCACUUAUGUAAA